GAUCAGGCCCAAUGGGCCUAAUCAUUGGAUGGUAAUCGAAUUAUUCUAGCGUUAGCUCCCGGCUAAAGACUUGUUCGGUCUAAUGCUUUGCCCUUUGGAGACGAUGACGACCCGAUAUGAACAGAAUCUGUUCAUUCAAUUGCUUCAUGCAAACCCAACAAUCCCUUAGUUGGGGUAUUCCUUACCUUAAAGCUCAAAUGUGUAUAUGUAUAUAUGUAUGUAUGUAUAAAUAAUCAUCAUCUUGAUUCUUUCACAGGAGAAACAUAAGAAAAACGUCUUGAUCUUCCAAAACCCGAAACAACAAGACUUGCAGAACUUACGAUGUCGUUGAGCCCUCCGAGAGAACGGACCGACGGUGCAGCGAAUGGUGCGUUGAGGGCUUUCGGGCUCUACUGGUGUUACCAAUGUAACCGUAUGGUAAGGAUUGCGUCUUCAAACUCCUCGGAGAUUGUCUGCCCUCGAUGCUUCGGACAAUUUGUCGUCGAGAUAGAGACGAGGCGGCCUCGGAGAGCAUUCAGUUAUGCCCCGCCUUUCGAUGCUUCUCCCGAGGCUCGCCUUCUCGAAGCUCGUUCCCUAAUGUUUGAUCCACCCGUCAGAGGAUUUGGUGAGGAUCCGUUCCUCAGAGCGAGAGCAAGAAACAGGAUCGGCAUGGAACCCGAAACAGCACAUCAACCACAUCAUCGACGGCGACACAGCCUCGAUAGUGGUAAUAGUAACGGUAACAGGAGAAAUUACGGCAGUAAUACCUGGGACAGGGAAACCGAGGGUUUGCCUCCACCAAGAAGAAUGUUUGUCAUUCUCCGACCGCUUGGUCCUGUCAGGACCGGUGGAAACACGAUGGAGCCACCACCAAAUCCAGUACCACAUGGCGUGAACCCUCGGGACUUCUUUCUAGGGCCGGGCUUAGAAGAGAUGAUCGAGCAGCUGACGCAGAAUGACAGGCCUGGACCGCCGCCAGUACCAGAAUCCGCUAUUGACACGAUACCAACUGUGAAAAUCACAUCCGAGCACCUAAAAAAUGACGGGACACAAUGCACGGUGUGCAUGGAGGAAUUUCAGGUUGGCGGGGAAGCAAAAGAACUGCCUUGUAAACAUAUAUACCAUAAUGAUUGUAUAGUCCCAUGGCUGAGGCUUCACAACUCUUGCCCGAUCUGCCGCCAUGAGUUGCCAGUCGAUUCCGGGGGAGAUUCUCGGGAAAGGACUGGUCCUAUCGGAGAAGAAGGGCCUGACAGAAGGCGCAUGAGGUGGAGGCAGCUGGGAAGUAUGUGGCCUUUCCGAGCAAGGUACCAGAGGGUUAGUCCAGAAGAAUCAGCACACCGCAAUUCUCGAGGUAACAGGAGCUUCUUCUGAUGAUUUCAGUCGAACAGCGGAGCCCUUUCUGUACCAUCCUUUAGCUUCACAAAAGCAACCAUUUGAAGGAGAAGCAUAAGCAGCAUAUUGAAGAUUUGCAGAUAAAUAAAAAAGCGCAUGGCAAACGUACAAUGAGCCGCCAAGCUGUAACCAAUGGAUUCUAAUUCAACCACAACCAAUGAUUUGAAAAGACAGUGUAACAACUAACAAGCUAAGGCCAUGAUAAGGAUAAUAUGAAUCAUGGGAGCAUGUAAUAAUACUUAGCAGUUCAUAUGUC